GGCUGUCAUAUGACAACAUUAGCUCUUUAUUUACACUAUUUAAUGUACUUUAACUUGCAUUUUGAGCAGUUUUAAUUGCUUGUUUCAUUUGUGUUUCAAAGAUGUCUAUUUUUCAUGGAGCCUUUUCUUCAGGUUUUAUCAGCAGCGACUGAACACUACAGGCUACUAUUGAAUCCACUAGCCGGAUAGCUAACAGUGUUCGGAUGACAAAUCUGCAUGAAUGUUGUACAUACUAUUAUUAAGACCCCGCAGACUCGGUCGAUCGUAUGCACCCCUAAAUAAACCACAAACAUAAGUUAUCGUCGCAGAGGAUGAAUGUGGGCGUUGCUCACAGCGAGGUGAACCCAAACACGCGGGUGAUGAACAGCCGGGGGAUCUGGCUGGCCUACCUGCUGCUCACCACUGCCCUGCAUGUGGUCCUACUCAGCAUCCCUUUCCUCAGUGUGCCUGUGGUGUGGACGCUCACCAAUGUCAUACACAACCUGGCAAUGUAUCUGUUUUUACACACCGUCAAAGGCACGCCGUUUGAGACGCCGGACCAAGGCAAGGCACGUUUGCUCACUCACUGGGAACAGAUGGACUAUGGCGUCCAGUUUACAGCGUCAAGAAAGUUCCUCACCAUCUCACCUAUUGUACUGUACAUCUUGGCCAGCUUCUACACCAAAUAUGAUACAACUCACUUCGUAGUCAACACGGGUUCACUACUAAGUGUCCUCCUUCCCAAGUUGCCUCAGUUUCAUGGAGUUCGUCUGUUUGGUAUAAAUAAAUACUGAUAUGACACUUCAGGCCACUCUUGGAUGGGAUGUAGCAUCAUGGAGAUGAGAUGAGAUGACUGAAAUUCCUUUACUCUCCAUAUGAUGCUUCCUUGGUCCAAAGCCGUAAGGCCUUAAGGGACCAAAACUGCACUGGACUGAAGUACACUAUUUAAAAAAGGCCUUCCAUGCUCAGGUUUAUUCAAUCUGUGGCGUUUCUUUUUUUAAAUCCUGUCUUAUGUCUGUAAUUUCUCUUCAUCAUAAUCUCUAGAUCACCAUCAUAAUUUCUAGAUUCAUCACAUUCAAGGAUUCUUUUGACUGCGUUGCACCAGACAAUGUGCCAGUUAUCGCCUGCUGAUAUUCUUUGCAUAAACCUAUUUGCCACAACAAGCUCUGUCAUUGUGGGGGCAAAACACAAUAGUUCUGAAUUAUAAUAUUCAGAGUUUUUGUCAGUGUUCUAGUAUAUAUACAACAUGGACAACUGCAGUAAAUAAGUUAUGUUGAAUUAUUAGAAAAACUGCUUUUGAUUUUAAUUUGAACUGCAUUUUUCUUUUCAUUUCCUCCAAAAAUGCAAAACAUUGAUCUGUGACAAUGUAUGAACUUGAUAUGAUAAAACAAUCUUAAAGUGCUCACUUAAGUUUAGUUUAUUGCUUAAGUUUCUCGUAGAGCGCUGUUAUAUUAGAUUUCUUUGAAUUCCUGUAUUUAUUUAAUUUGUCAACAUAUCAUGAAACGUUCCAAUUUGAAGCAAUUGCCAUAGUGCGCAUACAUUAUUAUUAUUAUUAUUAUAGAUUUUUUAAAUGUUCAUGUCUGCAUGGAUCAUAUUUGUUCACAAUGCAAAAGUGAAAGUAUGCACAGUGGGGAACUAAAGUCUGAGACCACACUGAAAAUGUAGUAUUCAAAAUCUAAUUCACAGGUGGAAGGUUUUAGAAUGUUUAAAAAUUAAACAUAAGAAUGAAAAAGAAAUGGUAUAUUCUGCACUUUUUACAUCCUCCAUGUUUAUUUCUUUAUGUGAAACAUACAGAAGGCCAGAUGUUGACGAAGAUGGUUUUUGGAUCGUUCUCAAGUAAUGCUGGAGGUCACGAUCAUUAAGUUUUACACAAAGUUGUGGAGUUCAUACAGCGCAUUGAGACAAACUAAAUAUUCCAACAAUUUCAUGAUGAUAUUUCAAGUCAAUGUUUUGUUAAAAUAUGAGAUUAAAUUGUUUUUACUUUUGGACCCCACAUUGUCACGAAACAAAGUUUCAGCAUCAAAUUUCCAGUUUAGUAUGUUCCGAUUUUUUUUUUCUUUUUCAACCCAGUUGUAUUGUGUUGCACUGGUAUAAUUAAAAUGGCUCUUGCACAAGAUAACUUAUCAGUCAUAAAGUAAUUUGGACUGAUAUUCAAAGUCUCAAAUGACCUAAUGUGAUGAUAUGAUAUGCAAAUCACUGCAUACACAUCAAUCUAUAUCAA